AUGUGCGGCAGAAAAACCCUCCACCUCCAACCUCACCGUCGCCGUCAAAACCUCAACACCAAGCCCGCCAAAAUGGAGAACGACAAGGGAGAGAUCGUCGAUCUCUACGUGCCCCGCAAGUGCAGCGCCACCAACCGCAUCAUCAAGGCCAACGACCACGCCUCCGUCCAGCUCUCCGUCGGCAAGGUUGACGAGAACGGUCGCUACACUGGCGAGAACCAGACCUACGCUCUUUGCGGCUUCAUCCGUGCCCGCGGUGAGAGUGAUGACUCCUUCAACCGCCUCGCCCAGCGUGACGGUUACCUGAAGAACGUUUGGUCCGCCUCCAGCCAGCGUUAA